UUGUACGUGCUUCACAAUAAAAAUGAGAACGAUCGUUUCGUUAUGGAAAUUGUUAAUUAGGCGAUUAGCCCCUCGCCUUCUGCGUCUUCCUGGAAACACACGUGGAUUUCCACUGACUCGAGCCAAGCAAGAGAAGCGAGCCAGCCACAACAACAACACCACCGUCAUCAUGGCAAGCCACGGGCUCUCCUACGACGGCUGUAACUUCUUCAGGCAGCGCCUCGUUUUGGCCACACUGAGUGGGAAAAGGGUUAAAAUCCGGAAUAUAAGGUCCAAAGACGACAACCCGGGGCUCCGUGAUUUUGAAGCCAGCUUCAUCAGACUUCUGGACAAAGUGACCAAUGGCUCCAUAAUAGAAAUAAAUCAAACAGGCACCGUGUUAUUCUACCAGCCUGGCUUACUUUACGGGGGAUCUAUAGAACACGACUGUAAUUUGCAACGGUCCAUUGGGUACUACCUGGAGGCUCUGCUCAUGCUGGCUCCCUUCAUGAAGACCCCAUUGAAGGCCACCUUGCUUGGCGUCACCAAUAACCCCACGGACCCAACAGUUGAUCGGCUGAAGUGUAGUGCUCUUCCUCUGAUGAAGAAGUUUGGCAUUGAGGGCGAAGGGUUUGACCUAAAGGUGGUCAAAAGGGGAAUGGCACCCGGUGGAGGCGGUGAGGUUGUCUUCACGUGUCCCGUCCGAAAGACCGUCAGGCCUCUGCAGCUUACUGACUCCGGAAAGAUUAAGAGAAUCCGAGGAGUAGCAUAUUCAGUGAGAGUUUCCCCUCAAAUGGGCAACAGGAUUGUGGAGUCGGCGCGGGGCGUCCUAAACCAGUUCAUUCCAGAUAUCUACAUCUAUACGGACCAUAUGAAGGGAGUCAGCUCUGGCAAGUCACCAGGUUUUGGGCUGACUCUAGUGGCAGAGACUCUCGAAGGCUGUUUUCUCAGUGCUGAGAUGUGUUCCACGCCACAGGGUCAAGGAGAACCCGUUUUGCCCGAGGACCUCGGCCGUAACUGCGCCAAGCUGCUGCUGGAAGAAGUAUAUCGGGGCGGCUGUGUGGAUUCAUCCAAUCAGAGCCUGGCGUUGCUCCUGAUGACCCUUGGCCAACAGGACGUGUCAAAGCUUUUGCUCGGACCCCUUUCGCCGUACACGAUGGAGUUUCUAAGACACAUUCGAGAUUUUUUCCAGAUCAUGUUCAAAAUUGAACUUCGCAAGCCUCUAGAGGACGAACGCAAAGGGGGAGAUAAAGUUCUGAUGACGUGCGUCGGAGUCGGUUAUAGCAAUUUGAGUAAAACCUUGAAAUAAAACUUUUUGUGCAUAAA